GAACUUAGCUGCCAGUGCUGAUAGGACUGAGACCAGGAUCACUCAAGUCAUGGAGCGGGAACCGACACGCAUAAGGGAGGGCUACUUGGUUAAGAAGGGCAGCAUGUUUAAUACCUGGAAGCCAAUGUGGGUUGUGCUCUUAGAAGAUGGAAUUGAAUUCUACAAGCGGAAGGCUGACAACAGUCCCAAAGGGAUGAUCCCACUAAAAGGAAGCUCUAUUAACAGUCCAUGCCAAGAUUUUGGCAAAAGAAUGUUUGUCUUCAAGCUCACUGCAGCCAAGCAGCAGGACCAUUUUUUUCAAGCUGCCUACCUGGAGGAGAGAGAUGCCUGGGUGCAGGAUAUCAAGAAAGCAAUUCGUUGCAUAGAUGGAGGCCAGAGGUUUGCCAGAAAAUCCACAAGAAAGUCUAUCAGACUGCCUGAAACAAUCAACCUGAGUGCUUUGUACCUCUCAAUGAAAGAUCCUGAAAAGGGAAUAAAGGAACUGAAGCUGGAAAAGGAUAAAAAGGUGUUCAAUCACUGCUUUACAGGCACUUGUGUGAUUGACUGGCUGGUGUCUAGCAACUCCAUCCGGAAUCGCAGAGAAGGUCUCAUGCUUGCCUCUUCCCUCUUGAGUGAAGGCUACCUACAGCCUGCUGGGGAUGCAUCCAAGGCUGCUGCUGAGGGAUUGUCAGACACCCCCUUCUUAGAUCUCAGCGAUGCCUAUUAUUACUUUCCAGACAGUGGGUUUUUCUGCGAGGGAUAUUCCAGUGAUGAUGAUGUGGUUAUGAAAGAAGAAUUCAGAGGCACAAUAGUGAAACAAGGAUGUUUGCUGAAACAGGGACAUCGGAGGAAGAACUGGAAAGUGAGAAAGUUUGUUUUAAGAGAUGAUCCUGCAUAUCUUCACUACUAUGAUCCUGCUGGAGGAGAAGAACCACUGGGAGCAAUUCACUUGAGAGGCUGUGUGGUGACAGCAGUGGAAGAUAUGCCAGACUCCAAGAAGUGUGAUGUUGACAACAUUCUCUUUGAAAUCAUCACAGCAAAUGACAUCCACUAUUACUUGCAAGCAGCCUCGUCCACAGAGCGUACAGAAUGGAUCAAAGCAAUCCAGGCUGUUUCUAGGACUGGGAAAUGAAGAUGAUCUGCCAGUAUGAAGACAGACAACUGAAAAUAUUUACUCAAAACAAAGCAGCAAUUUUAGUAUUUCACUGAGAGAAAGCAGUAUCAUCCAGAGGGGUGUCCUAAGGCUUGU